AUGGCGUCGGCCAGUGCGAGCGGGGAGCGUGGUGAUCAGACAGUUCCUGGUGGAGAGGAGAAGGAGGAGGAGGAGGACAGGGGCGUCCGAGAUAUCCAGUCUCAUUACCUCCGUUGUCCGUCCCCCAGCUUCUCCAUGGCAUCAGAGUCCAGGUUCUCCAUGAUCUCAGGCUCUGACGCCGCGAGCAUCUUCAUGGAGCCCAUCCACCUCUCAUCAGCCAUCGCUGCGAAGAAGAUCAUCAACGAGGAGCUGCCGCCUCGUGGCGUGCGUACCGAGUCCAUCCCAGAGUCCAUGUUGGAAACCGCCGAGCAGCUGAUGGUGGAAGACCUCUACAACAGGGUCAAGGACAUGAUAGAUGACCGCAGCCCCUACAACACCCCCUGUGUGCUGGAUAUCCAGAGGGCCAUGGUGCAGGACCGCCUGGAGGCUCCCGUCAACCCAGUGGACGAGGUGUGGCCCAACAUCUUCAUAGCCGAGAAAUCUGUUGCGGUCAACAAGGCUCGUCUGAAGCGCAUGGGCAUCACCCACAUCCUUAACGCAGCCCACGGCACAGGGGUCUACACGGGCGAGUCUUUCUAUGCCGGCAUGAACAUCCAGUACAUGGGCAUCGAGGUUGACGACUUCACAGACGCAGACAUCUCGGUGCACUUUCGGCCCACCGCCGAAUUCUUGGACGAGGCUCUGCUGACACACAAGGGCAAGGUUCUUGUUGUUUCCAUGAUGGGUGUCAGUCGCUCUGCUGUCCUGGUGGCGUGCUACCUGAUGAUCUUCCAGCACAUGAGCAUCAUGGAGGCCCUGACUUCCAUUAGAAAAAAGCGAGCCAUCAACCCAAAUGAAGGCUUCCUGAAGCAGCUGCGAGAGCUCAACGAGAACCUGAUGGAGGAGCGCGACGAUGACGACGACACUCUCAGCCAGUGCUCCGUUAUUGAUGCACGCACGCGUGCUCGCAUCUUUGGCGAAGAUGAUGAUGACGAUGAUACUGAUAAAGAAGAAGAGCAGAGUAUGAUCGAAGUCAAAGCGCACUCCAUCAUGAUGGAAGAGGAGGAGGAUGGAGAAAGUGUGAUGAGCAGCGUCGCCUCCUCUGCAGCUGCUGCUGCACUCAGGAGUGGGAUGAUUGGAGUGCAGAAUGGGCUGAACCACCAGGGAUCGAAUCACAUUCAAGAAGAGGUGGUUCUGCCUGAGCAGGAAGGCAGAGACGACGGUGACGAUGAGGAUGGUCUCAACAGCAUGAUCCAUGAGUGGCAGCGGAGGAACGAGAAAUACCAGAGCGACGACUGGUGGGAGGCGCAGCUGAACAGCGACGGCGAGGAUAGUGAAUCUCUUGUCGAGGCCCGACCAAGGAGGACAAAGGAAGGUGAAGAUGCUGAUGUGGAGAGUGUCACAAGCGAGGAUGUACGAGCUGUGAAAGAGCUGUUGAAGCGUCGCAACAGGCGUGCACCCUCAGACACGAUGUCCACCUCCAGCUGCACAAGUUACUCUGAUCUUUGGAAACAGCGACUGAAGGAAAUUGAGGAGCAAGCCGCUGCUCGUUACCGCAAGAAAGAGGACAACGAAGGCAGCGAGAGCACCACCACAGAAGGUGGAGAAGGAGGAAAGAAGAACAUUGACGAUGAAGUGCAGAGUAUCCUCUCUGACACCGGCUCCAUGUACAGCUUUUGCCAGAAGAACAAGGACAAGAUGACGCCUUUGGAGCGUUGGCGUGUCAAGAGGAUCCAGUUUGGCUGGAACAAGAAAGAUCGCGAGGAUGGAGAGAAAAGUUCUGUCGGAGACGGAGAGAGUGGUGACGGCGAGGGACAAGCCAAGACACCAUCCUUCCAAGAUGUCAACCUGACAGCGUAUCAGUCUUGGAAGUUGAGGCAGCAGAAGCGUUUCGGUGAGGAAAACACAGAUGAGAUUUUGGAGUUGAGUCGGGGUGAGGACUCUGCUACAGUUAAACGGAGGCAAAGACGUGAGGAGAUCCUGGAGCGAUCAAAGAAAACGUUAGAAGAGAGUCAGUCCAUGUGUGGCUGGGAGACUGAAAGCUGUGUCAGCGGAGGUACAAUUCCUCUCUCCGCCUUCUGGGCUGGAGCUGGAGUCACAGGCCCGCCAAGCGUCGCCAAUGAUGACAACAUGUCCAUGCUCAGCGGCAGGUCAUCUGUCAUAUCGUCAGUUUCACAGGCUCGCAGUACAAGAUCAGCACAGUCUGCAGUCCCAGUUAAUCCCAUGACACCAGUUCCUCCCAUCCUCCCUGUUCCUACUGUCCAGGGCCCUGGAGGUGAACCAAUGGUCAAUCUGGCCAGCAUCCAAAACUGGAUCGCUAAUGUUGUCUCUGAAACAAUCAAACAGAAGCAAAGCGAGAUGAGCCUCCCUCCUCCGUCACGUGUUGGAUCGGAGCUUAGCUAUGGCGGUGCAACAAGCAUGAUUUCAGGUAGGGGCAUUGAUGAUGACAAAGCGUCCUUGUUGAGUGGCGCUUCCUAUACUAGUGCACUGUCGCAGGGUCGUGGCAGGGCAGCGUCGGUCCUCUCAGGUGGUGGGUCGAGCAGCAUCUCUGGUCUCAGCGGAAGAGGUUCUGCUCUGGGAUCCACCCUUGGCUCCACCCUGGGCUCCAAGAAAAACAAGAUCACCACCACCAGUGUCCCUCUUUUCAGUCUCUUCCAGGACCAGGUCAACAUGGGCAAACUGGAUGCCUUGGACAAGGAGAUCAAGUCCGAGAUGAGGGACAAGAUGGCUACUUAUGAAAAGAAGAAGAUCCUGGAGGACAACAAGCGCAGCACCCUCUACAAGAAAAAGAAACCGAAGGAGGAUGAAGACGAGGAGGAGGAGAGAAAGAAAAGAGAGGAGGAGUUUCUUGAAGAAACGAAGAAAAAGGAGAAACCCACGAGGAGUUAUGGCCUCUCUGGGUGUCUGAAUCUCAAGCCCGCACUGGAGAAAGAUAAGAACACCAGUAUUGACGACUGGCUGAAAAGCGUCAGGCCUCCUCCAAAGAAAACAGCCUCAGGAGAAGAAGCUGGCCCAUCAGAGGAUCCCUACGACGAUCUCGAUGCCUCCGCUUCCGAAUUUGACUUCUCAAGCCGCAGGGCCUCCUAUGCUGUCGAUGAAGAAGACGAGGAAACCUAUGGCGUUACUUCCAGAUACAGGUCAAGGUUACAUGAGGAUCUAUCAAGUGAAGACGCAGAAUAUUCCUCCAACGGGUUCACACAAUCCCACAACUACAGCCAGGCACGGAGGUCAUACAGAGAUGAGAGCGUCGAGGAAACGGAGAGCUACCACGACCUCUCCACAAAGAGAAAGUUGACUCAUCAUUCGGGAUAUGAAAGCAGCAGGUCGGAGGAGAGGAGGAGUAGGAGGGAGGAGGUCAACGACGAGGUGGAGGAAGACAUUGCAACCUUCAUCGCCCAAACCAGGCAGAGGAUCAGAGCUCGGGCCGCAGCCGAGGCCGAAGAUGACGAGGUGCUCGCGGCUUGGAGGGCGCAGCAGGAAGCAAAAUCACAGAGUAGAAGUGAAUCUUAG